AACUCACUUGUUCCAAUGCACAUGAUUAAUGUUCACUUGUAAAGCGACAUUUUAUAUUUCAUACAUCGCUUUCUGCAGAACGUAUACCGCCUUGAGCACAUAGUAUGAACGCAGCGUACUUCAAGGUAAACUUUAUCUGACCUAGCGGAUAGGCAAGGAUUCAAGACACCAGUCAGAACAAGUUUUGUUCGACAAGGAGUUUUGCGUGACUAAAAUAGUAUAUGAAAUUUGAUUUUUUAAAGGAUGUGGGAUAACGGCUUACGAUGCGUGCUGAAUAAACAAUGUCGUCUUUCGUAGGAAUCGGAUGUAUGUCGGGCUCGUCACUUGACGGCCUAGACGUGUGCUGCGUUGAAUUUACGGGUGACAUUUGUUCGGACCUCUGGGGAUACAGGAUUCUCAAUGCGGAAACCAUCUCAUACGACGAACAGUGGACGGAGCGCUUACGUAACGCCGCGAUGCUGUCGGCCGCGCAUUUCGUCAAACUAAACGUCGAUUACGGGCUUUUCGUCGGCCACAGCGUGGCGCGAUUUAUCACCAAACACAGGCUUGAUCAUAAGGUCCAAUUUGUCGCCUCCCAUGGACAUAGUUUGUUUCACAGUCCACACGAUGGCGUCGCCUUUCAACUGGGUGACGGCGAAGUGACGGCGACGGUGCUAAAAGUCCCGUUCGUAACCAGCUUCCGGUCUAAGGACGUCUGUCUUGGUGGCCAGGGAGCGCCGCUAGUCCCAUGUGGAGAAAAAUUCCUUUUUAGAAACAGCGAUAUUUGUGUCAAUUUGGGUGGGAUCGCAAAUAUCGGGGUGAGAGGCCUGGUGGGGUAUGACAUCUGUGCGUGUAACAUUAUGCUUAACUAUUUGGCGUCAAAAGCAAACGCUGGUAUGGCGUUCGAUAAAGACGGGGAGCUGGCUAGAAAUGGCAACGUAAUCCCGGAAGUGCUUGUGAAGCUGAAAAACAUCGCCUACUACCAGGAUGCAGCGCCGAAAUCACUCUGGACAGAUUAUAUCGACUCGAACAUUAUGCCUAUACUAGAUACUGACAAGUACAUUGUCGUCGAUCUCCUGCGCACGUGCACGGAGCACGUAGCUUCCAUGGCAGCGAACGCGUGCCUGGAGGCGAAAAACUCCCUAGCAACCACGUUGCUUGGCAACGCACCAACGGUGCUUAUAACGGGAGGGGGCGCUUUAAACAAGUUCCUUAUGGAGAACAUACGACAACUUAUUGAAGUGCAAGGACUUGUUGUUCAGGAAGUAGACGAGGAAACCAUUAAUUUCAAGGAAGCCCUGAUUUUUGCUUUCCUUGGCAUGCGCUGUUUGCUGGGCGUCGAGAAUGUCUUUCGGGAAACAACCGGUGCUCGGAAAGAUUCGGUUUCCGGAAGUAUCCACAGACCAGCAACGUGUCCGGCGUUAAAAAACAAAAGUCUGUUGCACUGAAUUGCAUUGAAAAUACGCAGAUCGCCGAGCAAUUGCACGUGUGUGACGAGAAUUUUAGACUUUCAGCUUUAAUAAGAAGAACGGUCAGAAUACGAAACAAACGUUCCAUCAGUGGUGUAGCUAUAUAUUUGUGUAGCCAUUGUAUGUCCGGUGUCAUAACUAUGUUAAAAAAGUGAAAACUAUAAAUGGUAAACAAUGCAUUAAAAUGAAGGGUAACGGUCGAAGAGAAAACCCUUAUUAGGCGAUCAAUGAAACUUGCUAACUGCGAAGAUUGGCAUAACCGUGUUAUAAAAACAUGUCUGAAAGUUUGCAAACUAAUUACUUUGUGCUCCUGGCGUGAGACAAACUACGGACUUGAUACCGGGACCACCCUCCUUGAUACCAUCUUCGCCCAAACUAGUUUUAACUUUAUCUCGUCUUUGAAAAAAAAUGCUUAAGAGACAAAGCAUUAUAAUUAUAGUUAAACAUUUAGAUCAUCGUCGUGCAAUUCAAGACGAAGCAGCAAUAAGUUUAUAUGAGAUAAAAUUACAAACUUGGUUGUGUAUGUCUGUCUUUAUUCAAAUAAAAUAGUACAAGUUAAUGUUUCAAUUUUACAAAUCAUAUAAAAAUGCAAACAGUCCUUUAUUCUUACUCUUGGUUGAUUAUUGCUGAUACAUGUUUAAUGAAAGAGCGUUUUUCUUCCAAAUAUAAGUUGA